UUCAACUCAAUCUAUGGCCUCUGGGGGCACCACUUCACCUCAUUUUCCUUAGUUUUUCCCGAAACUGCAUCCGAACUUAUAAUUCAACAAUGUCGCCCCUGGUUUUGGUUCUGCUCUCCACCCCGACUUCCCUCAUUUGGCUAUUUAUAUUUAAAUCUCCCACCCCGGUUCCUCCUGCCAUACCCAGAAAUAGUAUAGCACCUGUAACUCUCUCAUUUCUACAGUUCCUGGUAUAUUCCCAUUCGGUUUAUACGUCUUCCGACACAUCUCAUUCCCUUCCGCAUUUGAGCAGACACCCAGAUCAAUUUGACAGCCCAGAAAGGAAGAAGCUAGUUACGUACCAUACCUAUCGAUCAGUUUGUUUUGUAUGGUGUUGAAAGUUGGAGAUCGAGGCAUCAAUUGAUAUCUUAAUGGAGGGUGGUGGGUUGGUAGAGCAGGCUAGGGAUCAUCAUCACAAUAAGGUUAAUGUUGCUGGGCAUCAUCAUCAUCAUGUUGGUUAUAUGAAGAGUAAGGUCAUAAGGAAAAGAAAGAAUUGCAGCAAGAACAGGAAGGUUAAGCAUUCUUCUUUUGAUUCUGCCCUGCAGCGGCUCUUUGUUUCGUGUAGAGACGUGUUCAAGGGCAUUGGAACUAUUCCUUAUCCUCACCAUGUGCAGGAACUGUGCAGCAUUCUAGAUAAAAUUAAGCCAGAAGAUGUUGGGCUAAGCAGCAAUUUGCCGUUCUUUAAGCCUGAAACUAAGGUCAAAGGGAAUCUAAGGGUAACAUAUACGACAAUAUACAAGUGCAGUAACUUUUCGCUGUGCUGUUUCUUUAUUCCAGCUACUGGUGUUAUCCCCCUGCAUAACCAUCCGGGAAUGACUGUUUUCAGUAAGCUUCUACUGGGCAAGAUGCACAUCAAAUCAUAUGAUUUGGUUGACCCCAUCAAGAAUUCAGAUGUUUCUCAAUUGAGAUUAGCAAAGUUGAAAGCAGAUAGCAUAUACACUGCCCCUUGCAAUACAUCAGUACUAUAUCCAACAACUGGUGGCAACAUCCACGCCUUCACUGCCAUAACUCCUUGUGCAGUGCUUGAUGUGUUUGGACCUCCCUAUUCCAAAGAAGAUGGCCGGGACUGCUCAUAUUACAAAGAACAUCCCUAUGAUGCUUAUUCAAAUACAACAGUAGUUGAAGAGGAAGGCGAUUAUGGUUGGUUGGAAGAGAUUGAGGUGCCUGAUAACUCAGAAAUGGAUGGAAUCGAGUACUUGGGUCCCGGGAUAAUUGAGUCUAUAUAGUUGCUUGGUCGAACGAAAAGACCUUGGAAACAAGGAAGCCUAACAAAAGAAAGGCUUCAGAAAACCACAUGUUGUUGUUGGUUAUGGUAGAUUGUAGGAGGCUGCUCCUAGUUCUUUUUAAUUUUUCUUAAUGUGAUAUAAUUUAGCAUUACGUACUCGGUGUCAGAUAUAUGGAUUAGCACUUCUUUA